UUAUUUUACUUUAUUUUAUUUUUGUUAAUUACUUAAAUGAGCACAACUAAAGCCGAUAUAAAUAAACAAGGUUGGGAAGACUCUGAAUUUCCUAUUCUUUGUGAAACUUGUUUAGGUGAAAACCCAUAUGUUCGCAUGACAAAGCAACCUUAUGGUAAAGAAUGCAAAAUCUGUCAGAGGCCUUAUACUGUUUUUCGUUGGAUGCCUGGUACAAAUGCGAGAUAUAAAAAAACAGAAAUUUGUCAGACGUGUGCUAAAGUCAAAAACGUGUGUCAGACGUGUAUUUUGGACUUACAAUAUGGUUUACCUGUUGAAGUAAGAGAUAAAGCAUUGCAUUUAAAAUCAGAAGCACCUUCUACAGAUAUCAAUAGACAAUAUUUCGCGCAAAAUCUUGCCAAAAAAGUUGAAGAAGGUGAAGGUAUCUUUAAUCCUGGUAGAUUAUCAUCUCAAAGUCGAGAAAUAUUAGAAAAAUUAGCUAGAAAUGAACCUUAUUAUAAACGUAAUAGAGCUCACAUUUGUUCAUUUUUCCUAAAGGGUGAAUGUAAUCGUGGUGAUGCUUGUCCCUAUAGACAUGAACUCCCCGAAGAGAAUGAAAAAAAUAUGAAACAAAAUAUCAGAGAUCGUUAUCUUGGUCAAAAUGACCCAGUUGCUCACAAAAUGUUAAGUCGUGUACGUAAUGGAGGAUUAAUACCACCCGAAGAUAAGAAUGUGACCUCCUUAUUUAUUACUGGUGUUGAAACAGAAGUUACUCAAGAAGACUUGAAGGAUUUUUUUUAUGUAUUUGGUGAAAUUAAAUCGAUUGUUGUGUCUCACAAGACAAAGUGUGCAUUUGUCAAUUUUAUUACAAGGACAUCAGCAGAGCUUGCAGCAGAUAAAAUAUCCGACGUUGGCUUGAAUUUGAAAGGACAUUCACUUAAAGUUGUUUGGGCUAAACCUAAACCACAACACAUUAAAUCAAGUAAGGGAGUAGCUGUGUAAUUUUUUGGAACUUGUAAUUCCCCCAUUUGACAUAUGAUAGAGUCGGCUACAAACAUGGACUACUCACUUUUAUAACUAUUAAAUAGUCUGAAUAAACUAGCUUGUAAAGUAUAUCAUCUAUUUUUAAACAAAAAAAAAA